AGUACAGGACCUAUCAACACCAGAGCAAUGGACCAAUGGUGAAGUCAUGCCUAUUGGGACUUACUUCCAGGUGGAUCUGGAGAAGAUUGCAGACUGCAGCGAGUAUUUCAAGGCUCUUUCCCACUCCUGCAUGAGAGAGAUGUCUGAACAGCUGGUGCAUCUUGAACAUGUUCCCUCUCCAGUCUUCCACAACCUUCUACAGUUCUGCUUUCUACAGCGGUUCUGUGUUCCUGAAGACCUCCUUGUGGAACACCUACAGGUGAGCACCUACCUGCUUGCUUCCGGGUUCACCAGUCGACUACUGAUCGCCCUCUCUCAGGCCUUAACGGAGCACACCUGCUUGGGCUAUCUGCAGCUGGCUGAGGAACUCUGCAGUGAGGAGCUCCAAGAGACUGUGCUAACCUAUCUGAGCAAGUAUCUACUGGAGCGUCCACACCUGAGCAAGGGCUUGGAUCCACACCUUAAAGCAGAGCUUCUCAGAUUAAGGUCAAAUGGAGCUCCACACUUAUGCUGCUUGAGGAAGGAGAAUUUGACCUCAAGGAAUGACCAGGAAACACAUGCUGCUAGAAAGCUCUUCAGGCUGGAGGAUGAUGGGGAUGAUGGGAAAUGGAGUUCUCUCACAGAUCUGCCUUUUUGUGCAGAUAAGUGGUGCUUCACCACAGCGGUUCUCUAUAAUUACCUCUAUCUCAUAGGGGGUUAUAGACACCGUGUAAAGAAGGGUUAUGAGUUUAAGAUGGCUUCCUUCCGCUACAACCCUUUUACCAAUCAAUGGGUAUCGACGGCUCCUCUGAUUAAGCACAGGCGUCACUUCAGUGCAGCUGUGUGUGAAGGGAGAAUCUUUGCUGUGGGUGGCUGGUAUCUGGAUUCCCUUGUGACUCCCGACUCCAGUACAGGCGUCUACACCGCUGUAGAGAGAUACGAUCCAUGGAAAGACACCUGGGAAUUUGUUUCCUCUCUCCCUCUGACAGACUUCCAGUUCAGCCUGUCCCUUUCCCAUGAUUCCCCACUCACAACCAGCCUGGGACACUGCCUCUAUGUACUGGGGAACAUCCAGAGAACUGGAGAGAAACUGGUGCUGCGUUACGAUACUAGACAAGAUUGCUGGUGUGAACUGCUCCCCACACUAACCCGCUCCAGUGCAGACCUCCCCAUCUUGCACUUCCUGGGUGCUGCCAAUAGUCAGUUGGUUGUAAUUGGUGGGAACAAUUCUGAAACCAUGGUGACAUCUUUCUGUGUGGACUCUCAGAAGUGGGGACGUAUCAGAGCAAUAGAGAAGACCACUUUAAUUGGCCAGGGCACUGUUCUGCAUAACGAGGUCUACAUGUCAGGAAUGAAGGACAAUUCUGUAGUUAAACUGAACCUGCAUUCAUUGUCCCUCUGUCCUCUUCCUUCACUUCCUGUCACCACCUGCUACGAGAGCCUUUUCCACCUCUACUUCUGACCUUCUUUUUCUUCUAGUUUAAUUGCAAUAAAAUGUAACAAAAUGUUUCUCAUAAAUAAAUGU